AUCUAAGGGCAUUUCAAGGUUGUAGGAUCACACCAGUAAAUCUAAACGGUGCUCAAAAACGGCCCAACUGCUGCCCAAAACUUUUCGGUUUCGUCAAUCAUAGGCAAGUGUCCCGCGCCUGGGAUUUCCGCAUAGUCGACUUGGGCAGCCGGUGUCGUGGCUUUCCAUUGGUCUCGCAACGAUUUCAUGCCGGCUCCCACCUUGCCUCCUCCAUCCAAAUCACCUGCGACAAGCAGUGUCUUGACUGAUUGUCCGGAGCGCACCAGCGCCAAGCUCGAACCCAGGAAUGCUCGUGGCUUCGAUCAUAGCCUUGACCGCUUCUCGCCGGGGACCCCGCGAUCCAUCUUUUCCGCACGGCGACGGGAUUGGGAACCAGCGAUCCACCGUCACGGAAGCAAGCGCUGAUAUGCCUUGCGUCUUGGAUAGCGCGACCCGCUCCUGCCACGCAGCAGCAUUGCCCGGAGCAGUGCGAGGCCCGGUGUCACAGGCGAUAGCACUGGAAGUUAGGUCGGGAUACAGGGCACCAAAUGCCAGGGUCGCGGCGCCACCUUGCGAUACACCAAUUACGCUUUUCACUUUCUUGGCAGGAAUGAGUGCGUUGAUAAGCAGGGCGAUGUCGUGCGCGAGAAUGGGGAUCGUGCAGGAAGCCGGGGUGGAGGAACGACCGUGGCCACGCUGAGCAUGAAGCAGAAGGUUGUAAGUUCCCUGGAAGGGCCACGAGGUGCUUCCUUGCGGUGCCAAGAUGUAUGGAACGAACCAGUCCCACAUAGACUCGUCCGUGAGCAAUGAGUUGGCGAAAACAAUCCAAGGGGCAUCGUCGUGAGUAACAAGUGUGACAGCGUGCAGGUGGCCUCCUUCCUUGUCUAUUGCGAUCUUGUGCUGUGCAUGAAUGGAUCAGCAAAGCAUUCAACUUGCGUGGCGGGUCUCCCACCUCUGUGCGAUCGACAGGCCAUGGAACCGCACUGUCAGACAUACCAGCAACAUCGAGAGAGACGAGGAAACGAGAGACCAUGUUGUACGUCGCGACCACCGCAGCGGCCUCGACCAGAAGAUCCUCGACCUGUGACGCCGAGGAGGAUAGGGGCUCCAGCUGUUCUUGCAGCUUCGUCGUCACCUCCGCUGGGACACGCACAGAUGCAGUGCUGUGCUCUGCAAAUGCCAGUGCCGCGGCUUGAAAAGGCGACAAUAUGCCGGCAGGAGGUAGAGCAGAAAUAUCCCGGAUGGCCCAGAGUUGGGUCGUCGAGAGCCCAUGCGAACGACCGACGUGUUCGUGAUGAAUCCAUUCAAACGCCGCAUGAUUGAUGGCCGCAACGCGAAGGAUCAUAAGCUCUCGCACGUCCCCCGGAAGAGCGCCUUUGGUGCGGAUCGCUCCGAGCAACGAAUUCCAUCCCUCGGCGACGGGAGGUACAUGGAGCAGAGUGCCGUCCAACGGGAAACACCUGGGACUGGAAAUCUGCCUGGAACGAGACGAGACAUAUGAUGCUUGAUGGCCUUUGAGAUUGACAUUAGGCAGGUUCAUGACGUCAACGAUAUCGAGCUUGCCAUUAUCAUUCGACUAUCUCGCUCUGAUACCCUUCGCAUACCCUUUGCAAGUUUUCCGAAGCUUCAGACUUGAACCAUCAUUCUGUAGAUCAUGACCAUUCUAGCGAUCUACAAUCCUGCUGCAGGAGCCGGCACGGCGAAGAGCUUUUUCGAGGACCAUGUCCUACCUUUACUCGCAAGCCACGGAAAGACAGUUGAUAAGGUCGUCGGAACAGAACACCCUGGUCAUGCGGGAGAGAUUCUCGUCGAUUUCAUACGCGCUCAUGAUGGGGACGUGGUGGUGAUCUUGGGCUCUGGCGACAGUACCCUCAACGAAUGUAUCACAUCUCUCGCUGCAGCUCAAUUCUCUGGGUCCAGGGCGGACUCGAAACACAGAGUUGUCCUGGUUUUGAUUCCUCUUGGAACGGCCAAUGCACUGUUUUCGAGUUUCUUCCCACCCCAGUCCAACGCCGAUGGGUCCAGCCUGGAUUAUCGACUCCAAUCUCUGCAUGCAUUCAUUGCUGGCUCCGUGCCGAUCCCUUUGAAUUUGGCUAUCACAACGCUUUCGUCUCCGCCUGCAGCUCGUAAAGCUCCGCAAGCACGCAUUUCUGCGGUUGUAGUUUCAACAUCACUUCAUGCAGCGAUUCUGCGCGACUCGGAGGAGCUUCGGGCUGAAAUGCCUGGAAUUGAAAGGUUCAAGCUGAAGAGUGUCAAGGUCGCUGCACAGAAAAACUGUCCGAUUUGGUAUCAGAGUUCCGUGAAACUUCUGCCUGCACCGGGGGCCGACGUCGUCCAAAUCUAUGACCCUGAAGUCAAAUCUUUCGUCGCUCACCCAGAGUCCGAUCCUGAUGACGACACUAUUGUUGAAAUGGAAGGUCCAUUCUCCUACUUUCUGGCCACAGUGAAUGUCGGCACGUAUUUUCUUCAUGCCCUGCCAUCUGCAACUCAUGUUUUGUCAGAUCGACUGGAGCCUGCGUUCAUGAUCACGCCUUUGGCGUCCAAAAUCCCAGCGUCUGAGGCCGUCUGUGACGUGGUCAUCCUUCGACCUAUGCGGUCUCCAGUGUUUUCCGCAGAUACCCCAGAAGCUCGAGCUGCCUUCGUUUCGAUUCUUGGGCCGGUCUUCGGUGGAGCAUACCAAGGCGGCUCUCACAUUGAUCUGAGAUACAACGAGAAAGGGGAAGCCACUAUCGAGGGAGAUGGCCCAACUGUCAUCGAAUACAUUCGAUGUGGUGGAUGGGAAUGGGUUCCGGAUGAUCAGGACGAAGAUGCCCACCUCCUCUGUACCGAUGGUGCUCUCUCGACCAUCGAAAAGGAAGGAAGGGCGGUCUGCUCGGCGGUGGCACCUCAAGAGAAAACCGGCUUUUUGCUGCAUGUGUAA